AUGUCUCAUUUUUUACACGCUGCUGAAUCUGCCAUCGGCGGUCUCGUACAUGAAGUCGAGAGGGAGUUCUCCAAGAUUGUAGGUCUCUCAGACGGCGAGAAACAUAGUCACACUCAUAUCGGAGAGGCAUGCCAUGCACUUCACAUACAUGGAAAUAAGAACAGAUUUGGCAGUUUCGCCCCACCAAGGUCUGGUCAUGACAUUAAAUGGCACAUCGAUGGGUGUGCAUACAUGUGGGCGAUCUCUGUUGCCUUGGAAGAGGCCCAAGAGAGUAUCUGGAUUUUGGACUGGUGGCUCACGCCCGAACUUUAUUUGAGAAGACCGCCGUCGGCAAAUGAAGAAUAUAGACUUGACCGCAUGCUUUUGGCUGCCGCUGAGAGAGGUGUGAAAGUUAACAUUAUCAUUUACAAGGAGGUUACCAAGGUGUUGACAUUAUGCUCUGAGCACACCAAGAAGGCUUUGGAGGUCCAUCCCAAUAUCUCAGUGUUUCGUCAUCCUGACCAUAUUCCAAGUGGCAUUCACGUUGAAUCAGAAAUUCUCACCGACUUGCAAAAUUUCAGCCUGAAAGAUUUCGAUCUUGCCAAACUUCCCGAAGAUAGCAUCAAGGCAUUGUAUGGGGCCCGGAAUGAUGUUAUCUUGUAUUGGGCACAUCACGAAAAACUCUGUCUCGUUGAUAGCAAAGUCGCCUUUAUGGGAGGUCUCGAUUUGUGCUUUGGUAGAUGGGAUGUGAAUCAGCACCCAAUUUCUGAUGCUCACCCAAGUGACUUGGAUAAUAUUCUCUUCCCCGGUCAAGAUUUCAACAAUGCGAGAGUAUAUGAUUUCCAGGAUGUUUCAAACUGGCAAGAUAACAAGCUUGAUCGUACAAAGUAUUCUAGAAUGGGUUGGUCCGAUUUGUCCAUGUCAUUGACAGGACCAGUUGUCGAGGAUCUCCGAGCUCAUUUUGUCCAAAGAUGGAACUUCGUUUUCAGGGAAAAAUACAAUACUGAAGAUACUAGAUAUACAUCAUUGUCUUUGACUCCUAAUGAAAUCCCUGAUGGGUACUAUAAUGAAGACGGCUCGAAUGUCACGUCAACUACAGAAGGUGCAAUCUCAGACACAAUCCACCGUGCAGGAACCUUCUUCGGCAGCUUUGGGGGUAGUACCGAUAACGGAAGCGAUCGAAAUGGUGUUUCUAUUCAACUCGUAAGAAGUUGUACUGAGUGGAGUAAUGGAGUAGCCACCGAGCACUCCAUCGCCAAUGCCUACAUUGAGAUUAUUGCUCGUAGUCAACAUUUUGUCUACAUUGAGAAUCAAUUUUUCAUCACUGCCUGUUCCGAUAAACAACAUCCUGUCGAUAACAAAAUCGGAGCUGCCAUUGCAGAGAGAAUCAUUCGUGCUUAUCGAAAUGGCGAGCAAUAUAAAGUUAUCGUUUGCAUGCCAGCCGUACCUGCUUUUGCUGGCGAUCUUAAGGGAGAUGAUGCCUUGGGUACUCGUGCAAUCAUGGAGUAUCAAUAUAACUCCAUCUGUCGUGGUGGUAACUCUAUUAUGGAAACAGUUGCUAAUGCUGGGGUACCCGAUCCAAAGGAGUACAUCCGAUUUUACAACUUGAGAAACUACGAUAGACUGAACGAUAGCAGUACAAUGUCUCGAGCUGAGGAAGAAAGUGGCGUCAGUUAUGAAAGUGCUAGAAAAGAGCACGAUGACAUUGUUGGUGCUGGCUAUGGUGGUUACGGUGAAGAAACUGGUGCUCGUUCAGGUCAAAGAAAUUACGAGUAUGACGAAUAUCAAAGAGUCGCAUCUCGCUCGCAAGAAUACGACACAGUAUCAACGUGCUACAUGGAUAAUGGACCAUCCCUCACCUCCAUCCCAUGGAACGGCACUCCGGAGGCGGAACUCGAUGCCUUCGUCAGUGAAGAACUCUACAUUCACACCAAACUCCUCAUCGCGGAUGAUCGCGUCGUAAUCUGUGGAUCCGCCAAUCUCAACGAUCGCUCCCAACUUGGCAGCCAUGACUCUGAAAUUGCCAUCGUGAUUGAAGAUCACGAGACUGUCGAUUCAUAUAUGAACGGCCGAGAAUUCCAAGCCUCCAGAUACGCUACUUCACUCCGCAGACAACUUUUCAGAAAACAUCUCGGUAUGGUCGCACCUCAGGAUUGGACCAGGCCAGAUGCAAAUUAUAUGCCCAUCAACAAAGACCCCAAUGAUUAUGACUGGGGCUCCGAAUUCGAUCUUGCAGUUCAAGAUGUAUUCUCCCCCGAGUUUGUCGAUCUUUGGAACGGCCGCGCUGCAACUAAUACUGAAGUCUUCUCGAAAGUAUUCCAUGCGAUUCCCGCGGACAAUGUACGAAACUGGGAUGAUUACAAUGAAUUCUACGAACAGUAUUUCGUAUCCCCUAGCCCAAAGGAUACAAAGGAAGAAGAUAAAGAGCCUGCGAAAUAUCUUUACGGACAUGUGGUGAAAGAAGAAUUCCCUGGUGGUGUGGAGGAGGUUAAGCAGGAGUUGAGUAGGGUUAGGGGAAUGUUGGUCGAGAUGCCCUUGCUGUUUAUGGAUGGGGUUGAUUUUGCAAAGGAGGGUUUGAGCUUUAAUGCGAUCACUGAGACGAUUUAUACUUAA